AGUCCACGCAUGCGCAGUCCAUUGCUACGGAAGAAAGGGAAAGAUGUCUUUGGCGAGCUUUUUACCGGCGCCCACCCAGCUGUCUCAGGACCAGCUGGAGGCAGAGGAGAGGCUCCGGGCCCAGAAGUCCUACUCCACCGCCCUGGUGUCGUCCCGCAGAGAGCCCCCUCCUUAUGGACACAGAAAAGGCUGGGUGCCUCGUACACUUGAGGACUUUGGAGAUGGAGGUGCUUUCCCAGAGAUCCAUGUGGCCCAGUUUCCUCUGGAGAUGGGCAGGAAGAAGAAGACAUCCAAUGCCCUGGCGGUGCAGGUGGAUGCUGAAGGAAAGAUCAAAUAUGACGCCAUCGCCAGACAAGGACAGAGCAAAGAUAAGGUGAUCUUCAGUAAGUACACAGACCUUCUUCCAAAGGAAGUCCUGAAUGAAGACACUCCAGAACUACAGAGGCCGGAUGAGGAGGCUGUAAAGGAGCUGACAGAGAAGACCCGCAUGGCCCUGGAAAAGCAGGUGUCUCAAAAGAUCGCUGCUGCCAUGCCUGUAAGAGCUGCAGACAAACAAGCUCCUGCACAGUACAUCAGAUACACCCCGUCACAGCAGGGAGUAGCUUUUAACUCAGGGGCCAAACAGAGGGUGAUCCGCAUGGUGGAAAUGCAGAAAGAUCCAAUGGAGCCUCCACGUUUCAAGAUCAACAAGAAGAUUCCUCGAGGACCUCCUUCUCCUCCUGCCCCUGUCAUGCAUUCCCCCAGCAGAAAGAUGACAGUCAAAGAGCAGCAGGAAUGGAAGAUUCCUCCGUGCAUCUCCAACUGGAAGAACGCUAAGGGCUACACUAUUCCUCUUGACAAACGUCUGGCUGCUGACGGCAGGGGGCUGCAGACAGUUCACAUCAACGAAAACUUUGCCAAGCUGGCCGAGGCUCUCUACAUCGCUGACAGAAAGGCCAGAGAGGCGGUGGAGAUGAGAGCCCAGGUGGAGAAGAAGAUGGCCCAGAAGGAGAAGGAGAAGAAGGAGGAGAAACUCAGAGAACUGGCCCAAAUGGCAAGAGACCGCAGGGCAGGGAUCAAAAGUCACGGGGACAAAGGUGGCGAGGACAGCGAGGUCAGGGAGCGUGACGAGAUCCGCCAUGACAGAAGGAAAGAGAGACAGCACGACAGGAACAUUUCCAGGGCUGCUCCUGAUAAGAGGUCGAAGCUGCAGAGAGACCAGGACAGGGACAUCAGUGAGCUCAUCGCUCUGGGCGUUCCCAACCCUCGUUCCAGCAGUGAAGCCCAGUACGACCAGCGACUCUUCAACCAGAGCAAGGGUAUGGACAGUGGUUUCGCCGAUGGCGAGGAUGGAACGUACAACGUGUAUGACCAGCCGUACCGCACUGGCAGAGACAUGGCUCAAAACAUCUACCGGCCCAGCAAGAAUAUCGACAAGGACGCCUUCUCAGAUGACAUCGACUCACUCAUGGCCAGCAGCAGGUUUGUUCCAAACAAAGAGUUCCCAGGUGCCGAACGUGGGCAGAGGCAGGAAGGCCCGGUCCAGUUUGAGGAGGAUCCCUUCGGUCUGGACAAGUUCUUGGAGGAGGCCAAGCAGCACGGCGGUUCCAAGAGGCCGUCCACCAGCAGCCGCUCAAAGGACGAAUACCACGACAAGAAACGCAGGAAGGAGUAAGAGCGACCAGCAACAGAGUCCGUGUAGGGCAGCUGCUAGCAUGUUCCAGGACAGGGAGGUGAUCCUCUCAAAGGUUGAGAGGUGUUUUAAUGUACUCGAGUCUCUAUCAGGAAUGAUCUGUCAGAUUUUUCUUUCAGUGUGAGAGAAGGCGAAACAUUUCUUUUUCUCCUUUAUUCCCCACAUUUGUCGUUUACUCAUCUCUGUUCAGAAUACGCUGAGCUUUCAGCGUCAGGCUUAAUAUGACACGAGUAAACACGUUACAUAUAGCGCAAGUGGAGCUAAACUGAUGUGUGUGUGUGAGACCAGCGUCUUCGUCUGAACGUGUCUCUGUACAGUGCAGCAAAUGUCAUUUCAGAUGUGCUCGGUGAUGUUUUGGCCCCUGGAAAUGUGUAGAUUUUAGUUUUACUUUAUGAUUUCAGAAUAAACCCGACAGAGCCUCCGCAGGUCCUGUUCAUCAUUACCUUUUUUCUCAUUUGUCCCUCACAUUCCCCCAUUUGAGUUUUUGUCAGCAGUGUUUUAUUUAAAUCCUCAGUUUAUUUGUGAGAACAGUUAAAGGGUAACUUUGGUAUUUUUCAACUUUUCAACAUCGGGCUUUUUAAUGUAAUGGGAAAGGUUAUGAUUGGAAUUCAAAUGACUUUGCAGUAGUCAUGGGUAUUCAUCGGCUCCAGCUCCGAUCGGCAUUUAUGGAAACACAACACCCACGCGGACCAGACACAAGGACCAGACACACCAAACCAACUUCAGUAAAGUAGUGGCGUUGAAGGCCCCCUGCUGCAUCAUCUGACAGCCGCCAGUCAACCAGCACAUAUGCUCUAUGCCUGCGUGAAAGGAAGUAACUCUCCACACCAGCAGGCAGCGGUCAUCUGUAAUUGCCAUUUAAAAAGUGAAACUGGAAGACGGUAUUAGAGUUAGCCAGUUAGCACAUUAACAACACAAUCCAAUUUACCAUGCGCCAGUGAACAAUAAGAGCUCAGUGGCUAAAGAAAAAUAUUCUGACCUUAACAGGUUUGAUUUGGUCUCGCUCCCUGUUGACUUAUGUUGCUUGUUUACUUUCCUCACUUCUGUCUCUCUUCUCGUGCGCUGAGCUUAACUUCCAAUCAGUGUGAUUUCACUCACCGAUGGGCUCCGCUGUUGCCCAUGCCGAUUUAACUUGCUGAAUCGGCCAAAGGAAAAGCCAUCAGAGGCCGAUGAGGUGCGAGACACCACAGCAACGAGGGCAACAGAUGCUCAUCGACAGCCCGACAUUGACAGACAGCCAACUGUCAGCUUCCUGUGUCAGAGACAGAGAUGUAUACAAAAAUAGUAACAACUGUAAAGUUUGUACAGGCCUCAAUGCUGCUUUCCAACGAUUACUAACCUGUUUUCCAGCCUGUGUGUGACAUUUAACAUGACACACCCAAAAAGAAAAAAAAACACACAGUGAGACAUGCUCAUCUGCUGCAGAGCCAUUUACACAGCUCUGGUAUACCUGCAAUAGGAGAGGAGUUAGAAUAUGUGUUUUAAAAACCUGCAUGCGCACACUAAUUUUGGUGAAACCCAGGUUUAGGUUGAGAAAUUCCCAAGUUACCCUUGAAAGCUUGUAUGUGAUGGCAGAUAUGUAUAGCAGUAUAAACUUAUCUGUAACAUGUGAAACAAACCAGCUUUAUAAUUCUUGUACAUUACUUCCAGUGGAAUAAAUUUGAUAUAGUGUGUAA